CAAGAGCACAGGCGCUGCGGGAAAUAAUCUCAAUAAGUUCCGUUAACUAACUUCAAAGUUCUUUUGCGCUUUCUCUACAAGUGAACAGAACGAAAGUUUUCCUUUACGAAUUACUACAAAUGAAGGCGAGAUCGUUAUACGUUCAUUUUCUAUUUCAUGAUUUGUGAUCAAAGAAAUUUAUCUGAGAGGAGUCCAAAAAGGUGUUGCAUUUUUGUCAGUGGAAGUGACGUCAUCGUUCAUGUGUGACCAGUGACCACCCACCACCAGGUGUAGGAUAAUUGACUGGUUGCUAUCUAUAUCUUCAUGCUGGCGUUGCAGUAACACGAAGGCUUUUACGAUGAAGACGUCGAUACCUGUCAUCCUGGUGUGCCUUCUUCUGUCGAUUGGGGAAACUUCCUCCAGAUCUACAUCUCGAGAUGGGGGAGGAGGACCUUAUAGAGUGCUUGUCCUGGGGCCCAUAGGGAGUCGAAGCCUCUACCACCUGACGAAGUCCCUCUCAGAAGCCCUCGGAGAUGCCGGGCAUUCAGUGACGCUCGUGUCAACUUUCGGUCCUUCUUCUACACAUCCCAACGUCACAGAAACGCCCACAGGGGCUUCCACAGAAGAUCUGGAAGGCUUUAACGCCUUCAAAAGCCGAGACACUUUUAGCAUCUUCACCUGGCACACAGACGUCACCAGGAGGAUUGGGCAGGCGAUGUGGCAGAACAAAGACGUCCUGAACCUUUGGGAACGCCGGAGGGACUUCGACUCCAUCGUCAUCAUCAGCUACGGGAACGAGAUAGCGGUGCCGUUCCUUCUCAACUUCGAGGGAGCUUACGUCAACCUUUGUACUCCCGGCGUGGAGCUCUUCACGAUCUCGCAGCACGGGAACUGGCUUCCUUUGUCCACGACGCCGUCGAUCCUGCUGCCCCUGGACGAGAACAUGAGUUUCUACGAGAGACUGGUGAACCCCUGGGUGACGUGGGUCUCCUACUUGUUCUACGUUUACAAAUCGCUCCCUAUCGCGGGGGAAGUCCUAGAGGAGUUCUUCCCUCAGAUGCCGUCCAUACCCCAACUCUACGAAAGCAGCCGUUUGACCCUCGUCAACGGGCACUUCGCACUGGAUGGGCCCAUGCCCUUACUGCCAACUCAGGUGGAAAUUGGAACCAUCAAUGCUAUGCCUCCGAAGCCAUUGCCAAAGGACCUCGAGGAAUUUGUAGAAUCCUCUGGUGAUGCAGGCGUUGUAUACUUCAGCCUCGGCAGCAUCGUUAAAGCCACGGACAUACCUGCUAAGUAUAAGGUAAUGUUCUUGGAGGCGUUCAGUCGCAUCCCCCAAAAGGUCAUCUGGAAAUACGAAGGGGACGAUUUGGACCUCCCUCCCAACAUCAUCACCAGGAGCUGGUUGCCUCAGCAGGACAUUCUUGGACACCCAAAAACCAGACUCUUCAUAUCCCACUGUGGGAACCUCGGGACACAGGAGGCCAAGUACCACGGGGUCCCAGUCCUGGCCGUUCCCGUGGGAUUCGACCAGCCCAGAAACGCAGCCCGCCUGGCUAGGAAAGGGUUUGGGCUAGUGUUGAACUGGGAGGAAAUGACCACUGGGACGAUAGUGGAGGCCAUCCAAACUAUUUUACAGGAUCCAACAUAUGCGUCUAGGCUGAAGCAGGUGUCAGAGGCUCUCAAGGACCAGAAAGAGAGCCCGAGAGAAAGAGCCGUCUGGUGGGUGGAGUACGCAAUUCGCCACAAUGGCCGAAACGCUUCCCACUUGAACUACGCUGGUAGAAAGCUGCACUUCCUCCAGUACACGGGAGCAGACGUGGUGGCCUUUUGGAUAACGUUUCUCUUGCUCUGGGCUGUGCUCUGUUACAGAGCCUGUCUGCGACUGCUGUGUGGUUGUUGUCGUCGUGUCGGUCGUGACAAGAGAAGCAAGAAGAAGAAACUGAAUUGAAGAAUGUGGCUGUUUUGCUUCUAAGCUCAAGAGGUGCCGUUCCACAGACGAGUAUAACACCUCCACUGAGCGAAUGAAUCACUACUACUACUAUUGCAACACUGCGUCUUCCCCAGUAGUGGGAUUUUCAGAAGUCUGAUAUAAUAUUAUAUCAAAUCAUAUAUUAUAUUACAUUAUACUUUAUGUAUCCUAUUAUAUUAUAUGUAGGUCCAUGGCAACCGUUUUGACAUGUGUGAAAUACUUAGGGACAUUCCAUUUAGUAAUAUAAAAAUCCAUUUUUAACAUAAGUAGCAAUUAGUCGACA